GUGGAGCAGGUAGUCGGGCCACAACAAAUCGGGACGAUGGGGAUUUUCACGAAAAAUACCAACAACCCAGCAGAUAACCAGCUCUCAAAGAUAGCAGCACUGAGUAACUCUCAGCUGAGCGAAAGCAUCAUCGACAUGCUGAUACUGAGGGGGGAUGGAAAUCGAUGCCAGUCCAUCUGUAGAGGAAAUCCAAUAACCAACAAUGGAAAGAGAAAGCAAAUGGUGAAAAUGUUGGCAAUAGUUAUGAUUCCAAUACUUGCUCUUCUCGGCAUUACAGCUAAUUUCUUUGUCGGGACGAUGGAAACAUAUUCCCGAUUGCUUACAAUCCGCCAGGAGCUGUUCCUCGGACGGGAGCUAGGGACAUUUCUACGGUAUUUCCAAAGGGAACGAGACAUGAGCACAUUAUACGCAAGCAGGAUCGGCCCGGAAACCAAGAGUCGUCUCCUCAACCGAUAUAUUGAUACUGACAGCGCGUUAAAUAACUUGUCUUCGUGGCCUGUUAGUCCAAACAAUCCACGUCCCGAAUUCCAAACUGUGGAUGAUUUCACAACAUAUCUGGCCAGGCAUCGAUAUGAACUAGACAUUAACGUCCUUACAACUGCUGGCGAAAUCGCUUUCUAUUCUGAUUGCAUCGACGUUUUUAUAAAGUGGCUGUACGAGGCAAUAUCGGUGGCAAGUUCCGAAGCGAUAUGGAAAAGUCUAGUUGCUUAUCAGGAGAUAAUUGUUACUAGCGAAAACAUCGGAAGAGAGCGAGGCUAUGGGAUUACCUUCUACGCGUUAGGCUAUUUUCGUAACAGAGAGGAGUACCUGAUGUUUCUUGAGAGCCAAGACAUCGCUAAUGUCACUUUUAAAUUUGCCCGACAACUUUCGGAAAUUGCGUUUAAUGUUUACGACAAAAGCUUGAGCGACCAUCCAAUCGUAUUUGAAAACAUCAGGAAUAUGCGUUAUGAAAUUCGCUCCAACUACUCGCCAGUUGCCUUUGGGUCACUCGACCUCGCUGAUAGUUGGGAUGCAAAUAUGACUUUCUAUCAGGAUGUCAUUCGGCAAGUCCAGCUGGCCAUUGCUACAGAAAUAGACGCCAUUAUGGAAACAAAUGCAGGAAAAAGUGUUCGCAACAUCACCGUUUUUUCUUUUAUGUUUGGGGCUUUCUUGUUGAUAUGCCCACUAGUAGUAUUUGGUGUGUAUUCACUGACGUCACAAAUUCAAAAAUACUCCAUUUCCAUUGCCACCAGAACACGUGCGUUGAAACAGGAGAAAAUAUGCACGGACACACUUCUUUACCAGAUGUUACCAAAAUCGGUCGCAGAGAGACUAAAACGUAGCGAGGAGGUUCUCGCCGAAACCUUCCAGCAUGCAACGCUUUUCUUCGGCGAUAUUGUAGGAUUCACACAAAUCUCCUCCAGCAGUUCACCACUUCAGGUUGUCAAUAUGCUUAACAAGUUGUUUUCGUGUUUUGACAAGCGCAUUGAGGAACACGAUGUAUACAAAGUGGAAACAAUAGGGGAUGCUUAUAUGGUAGUAUCUGGCAUCCCCAAACCGAAUGGUCAGCAGCAUGCCGGAGAGAUCGCCACGAUGGCGCUGGAUCUCUUGGUACAUGUUAGUAGUAUGAAGAUACCGCACAUCCCGGGCAAGAAGUUUCAGCUCCGGAUAGGAUGUCACUCAGGCUCCGUUGUGGCUGGUGUGGUAGGGACUAAGAUGCCAAGGUAUUGCUUAUUUGGAGAGAGUGUCAAUGUGGCUGCUAAAAUGGAGGCUCUAGGCCGGCCGAGUAUGAUACACAUCAGUGAGACAACGUUCGACAUUCUCAAUACACUUGGUGGCUACGUCAUGGAAAUACGAACGGACGACGGCGCAAAGAGCGACCCAGUGCUGAUGUCUGCCUUCAAAGGAAUUGUACGAACCUACUGGUUAACACACAAGGAGGGUUUCACCGCGGACGAUAUUUACCUAUCAUCUAGGGACAACACCCCAGAAUCAGACGACACUUACCACAAACUUCACGACAACAAAAGUCACAACGAGGAUGGGGGCAAAAAGAAGAACGAGGUCAACAGAAACCAAUAA